AUGUCUCGAGCUAGUGUAUCAUCUGCAAGACCUCUUUCUCUUACUGAAGAGCUUGAAAAGUUGGAGCAAUCUAUUACUUUGACUCUCCAAGAAAUUGAUCAUAACUUUAGUCGAGCACAUCGAAUUGUUACUACAAGUAUUCUACCUGUCAUUGAACAAUAUGCGAAUCAUUCAAAUGCUUUUUGGAAACAAUUUUUCGAAGCCAGUGCCAAUGUCUCAUUACUUCAGGUAGAGCAACAGGGGGAGGAAGAGGAUGUUUCAUACGCCCAGUCCCACGAAGAACCAAGUCAAUAUACGGCAUCGCACAUUGACGAUGAAACUAUUCGAACAGAAGAUGGACAUCAUUCUUAUGAUCAGGAUGAUUCAAUGCUCGAAGAUAACGAUAUCAGUGGUAGCACCCCUCGAGCUCCCCCUCCACGAAAGGAUAAGGAACCACAAUUUGCGGGGUUCUCAUCUCCAUACGAGGACUUGAGGAAGGAAUUUAAAGGGACGACUUUACAGGAUGAGGAGGAUCAUACUCAAUUACCAAGUACACCUGGAGCCAAGCAAAGGAUGCCGGAUAUGUCAAUGCUACCAGAUUCAUCUCCAUUCGAUCCAACUUUAUAUGAUUUGCCAUCAACCACCCAAACAUACAUACCAUCAACGGCCCAGAAGAUGAAAGAUCCUCAGUACCUAAAAAUGCUAGACAAGAAUUAUCGAAUCCAAGCUACGCCACUUACAAAUCGGAAAGAAAAGAAAAUACCUGCAAACAAACCGUCAUGGCGAGAUGAUCAUUCACCAUUUUCUUCACCACCAGUUGCAGCACCUCAUUUACACGCUGAUAUAUUCAACUCACCGAUUAGACAACCAUACAAGCCGAAUGCACCACGAACCCCGGGCGUAAGUGUUCAAACUCCAGCAAAAGCAAAAUCCAAGGAUAUUUUUGCCAGAUCUGUAAAGAAAGAGAAAGAUGAGAUUACAUGGGAAAGUGACAGUGAUGAGAAUGCGGAGGAUAUUUACAAGAAACUCGGGAUGAGUCCUCCAAAGACCAUUCAAUUUUCCCUGCCACAAUCAAGAUUACUGCAAACUCCUGCACGAGAAGCAAGUAAAAGAAUCGUCGAAGAUCUUUUGACCACCGCUGGAGCAGGUCUUGAUAGUACAGACGAAUUGGAUAAUAGUCCAAGUAUAGUCGCUAUGAGAGAUGAGUUUGAUGAUAGUUUUUGA